CAUAUAAAUACAGGUGACACAUCCCACACUGCUGCUUGCUGUGUAUUGUCACAGGAAAUCCAGGACUUUGCUUUAUCAGAGUUGUUCUUCAUUUUAACAGUGGUCAUUUGGUGGAAUUUAAAACAGUCCAGAGGUCACUGAAAUCAGACGACCCCCCUCAGGGACAUGGCUCCGCCUCUUUCACGGUCUGCCCCAGGGAAUAUAGUCCACUGGUGGAAUCACCUUAAAUUCCGACUCCAAAACAGGAAGGGCUGGGAUGAAGUGUUGGAUGAGAUAUUCUUUUGUCAGUCUAAAAGAAUAAAUGAAAUCCCUCUGUUUUACGCAACAAAGACGAACAAUGUGGGCUGCAUUAGAAAACUGCUGGAUUGUUCUACAACCAAUAUCUUUGAAAGAGGUGCACUAGGUGAGACUGCUUUGCACAUAGCUGUGAUGAACGAUAACGUCGAGGCAGCUGUGGCACUAAUGGAAGGAGCACCAGAGCUUAUCAAUGAGCCAAUGACUAGUGAACUGUAUCAAGGUAUAACAGUCCUUCAUAUUGCUGUCAUCAACCAGAAUAGUAAUCUGGUCCAGGAAUUAAUCCACAGAGGGGCUGAUGUAACCACACCCAGAGCGACAGGCAUCUACUUCAACAAAAGAAAAGGAGGACUUGUUUAUUAUGGUGAGCACAUCCUGGCCUUCGCCAGCUGUGUCGGUAAUGAAGAGAUCAUCACCAUGUUGAUAAAGGCUGGUGCUAACAUUCGGGCUCAGGAUUCCCUUGGGAACACUAUUCUGCACAUUUUGGUUCUGCAGCCCAACAAAAUAAUUGCAUGUCAAGUUAUGGACAUGCUGCUAGCACUAGAUGCUGAUCUGGACCCCACAUUGCCGCUGGACAUGGUGCCGAAUUACAGAGGCCUCACACCUUUCAAGCUCGCUGCAAAGAAGGGCAAUGUUGUGGCUUUUCAGCACAUGGUGAAUCGCAGACGCAUCGUCCAGUGGAGCCUGGGGUCUUUGAGCUCCUACCUCUAUGACCUUACCGAAAUAGAUUCCCGCACGGACGAUGUUUCAGUGCUCGAGCUUAUUGUCUCCAGUCAAAAAAGGAAUGCCAGAAAAAUCCUAGAGUUGACUCCCAUCCAGCAGCUCAUCAAUCUCAAGUGGAAUCUUUAUGGAAAAUACUAUUUCAGGUUGUUGCUGCUGGUGUACCUGCUGUACAUUGGGACGUUCACUUUGUGUUGUAUGCACCGCCCUCUAAAGGAAAUUCCUGAGAACUACACAAAAGCAUCUAAUGACCCAACCAUCAUGAUACAGAAAACUCUCAAGGCGAGUUAUGUGUCUUAUGCAGAUCACCUGCGGCUUGGCGGAGAGCUCAUCAGCGUAAUAGGAGCCAUCAUUAUUCUGCUGCUGGAGAUACCGGAUAUCCUGAGAGUGGGAGCGAAGAGAUAUUUCGGUCAGACUGCACUUGGAGGCCCCUUCCACGUCACUCUAGUCACCUAUGCAGUGCUGGUGGUGUUACUGUGUGUACUGAGACUCACUGAGUUGCCAGGCGAGACUGGACUGAUGGCUGUGUGUCUGGUAUUGGGCUGGUGCAACGUCUUGUACUUUGCGCGAGGUUUUGAAAUGCUCGGGCCUUAUGUCAUCGUGAUCCAGAAGAUUAUAUUUGGAGACCUAACCAAGUUCAUGUGGUUGAGUGUCAUUGCCCUCUUAGGAUUCUCCACAGCUCUGUGGACUGUAUACAUGACUCAGGACCAUCUGUCUGUACCAGCAAUGCGCUCGUACCCCAUCACGCUCUUCACCAUGUUUGAGCUGACUGUAGGUCUGAUCGAUUUGCCUGUGGACCACACCAUCCACACUCACCCCAUUGUCCAUGUGGUCUUCUGCUGCUUCAGUGUGGUGUCCCAUCUCCUCCUUCUCAGCCUCCUCACGGCCAUGAUGAGCGACACACAAUGGAGGGUUGCACAGGAGCGAGAUGAGCUCUGGAGGACCCAGGUGGUAGCCACCACUCUGAUGCUGGAACAUCGGCUGCCGCGGUGUUUGUGGCCAAGGCUGGGCAUGUGUGGUCUGAACUAUGGCCUAGGAGACCGGUGGUACCUCCGAGUGGAGGACCGCAAUGACCAGUUUAUGCAGAAGAUCAGACGCUACGUUAAUGUUUUCGCAAAAAAUGACGACUCGGACAAGAAAGAGGAAAGUGAAAGAAAUGACAUGGCCCAUGGCCCCGCAGAGAGCAAAAGGAUGCAGAAUGACAGCUCAGAUUCCAAUAGGAAGUCAGUGCUUUGCUGGCAGAUUAUACGCCACAGCCUUCUCGGUUUAGAGAUAGAGAACGAAGAUCAUUUGGACGCUCAAGAGAUGAGACCUGUUUGAGAGAUGAAAUGUAUUGAAAAUAUGCUGAUUCUGUACAAAUUAAUCAUUUCAUUAUUUUAUUGAGUGAAUGCUAUUUUAUGGUGAAAAAUCAUUUCACAUAGAAUCUGUGUGGGCUAGAAAGGGUGAAUUACAAAGUGAAAAAAAAACAGUAGAAUUUUAAAUUGAAUCACUUUAAAGACAAUGACUUCUCACUACUUAUAUUAAAGGCAGCUACACAGGUAUAUAUUUAGUUUUAUAAGACAUUCUGCAAACUUUUUAGUGCAAAUAAGGUUUUAUAGAAAAGUGCAAAGUAAUUUUGUAUCAGUGCAAUUAAAAGCAUUACAAUUUACAAGUAAAAUAAGCACAGAGUCACUUUCAAUGAAUACACUUAGCAUGUCUCAUUUUCUCAACCGUGAAAAAUACAUAGCAUGUCUACUUGAUUGUGCAUCACAGAGCGGGAUUGUUUCAUGUCCUGAAUCUGUAUUAGUUACUAUUUAUGAACUACAUUUGUGAAAGUUAACUAAAAGAGUAAAAUGAUGAUAUUAAAGGCAAAUGUGGCAGAUGUA